AUGGCAACCAAUGCACGAGCUGAGUGGAAACCGGAACAGCAAUCAAGCACCGUGUCGGUGUACAUGGUGAGUGGUGCUGCCCAUAAGGCGAUCGACUUCAUGACCAACGUGUUCAAUGCGCAGGUGGUUUGCAAGAUGAUGAGUGAUGACAACACAUCCGUCAGGCAUGCGUCCCUUCGCAUCGACGACACAACAGUGAUGAUCUCUGAUGGGUGCAAGGAUUACCCACCGUUUCCAGUGUGGAUGCACAUUUACGUGGAGGAUGUCGACAAAACGUACGAGCUGGCGUUGAGCAAAGGGGCCGAAUCGGUACAUGGGCCCAGGGACGAGUUCUAUGGAGAUCGCGUCAGCACUGUCAAGGACCCUGCAGGCAACACUUGGUGGAUUGCAACCCACAAGUUUACUCCCAAAUGCCUUCCCAGCGGCAAUAAAGAAUGCAAAGUCGACGCUACGGUCUAA